GAUUUGCUUUCCUUAAAUUUUUCAACUUUCCUUCCUCUUGGGGAUAAUAUUUAAUGCCCAAGAUUGCAAUUGCAUGAUUGAAAGCCGUGACAUUAGCAACCACUUGGAUUGCAUGGACGAGAUUGGUGUCCACCGCGCUGGAUGCCACAACUAAUGGCCCAGAAUUUUUCCUCUCUUUCAAUCUCUGCGUAAUUUCCUUUGGGGCCAAACAUGUGACGUGCAUCUCUCCGAACAGAAGUGCUUUUGUAUGUACAUAUACCUGUCUGUCCCCGGCGGAGUUUUGGCUGCGCUUUUCUUGGAUGUGCUGAAUCUCUCUCUCUCUCUCUCUCUCUCUCUCUCUGCUAAUUAAGCGCACCGAAAGUUGGGAUUCUGGAGUCGAACAACCAGGAGAUAAAGUUGCAUUUUUUACCCAAACAGGAAAAAAAUGGUGACCAAGACCGUGGAUCUUCGUUCCGACACUGUCACCAAGCCAACCGAGGCAAUGCGGGCAGCAAUGGCCGAUGCCGAAGUUGAUGACGACGUAUUGUGUCAUGACCCGACGGCACAUCGCUUAGAAACAGAGGUGGCGAAGAUCACGGGCAAAGAAGCCGGCCUCUUUGUUCCAUCAGGCACUAUGGGAAAUCUCAUCAGCGUUCUUGUUCACUGUGAGGUCCGAGGAAGCGAAGUCAUUCUCGGAAACAACUGCCACAUACACAUUUACGAGAAUGGAGGGAUUUCCACGAUUGGAGGUGUUCAUCCAAGGACGGUGAAGAAUAACGAGGAUGGAACGAUAGAUAUUGAUUUGAUUGAAGCUGCCAUAAGGGAUCCAAAAGGGGCGCUUGUGUAUCCUACUACUAGGCUUAUUUGCUUGGAGAACUCACAUGCAAAUACUGGUGGCAGAUGUUUGUCUGUUGAAUAUACUGAUAAAGUCGGAGAAUUGGCAAAGAAGCAUGGUCUUAAGCUUCAUAUAGAUGGGGCUCGCAUCUUUAAUGCCGCAGUUGCACUUGGAGUUCCGGUAGAUAGGCUGGUACAAGCUGCUGAUUCAGUUUCAGUCUGUAUAUCGAAAGGUCUCGGCGCCCCUGUUGGAUCUGUUAUUGUUGGUUCCGAGAGCUUCAUCGCAAAGGCUAGAAGGCUGAGGAAAACCUUAGGUGGUGGAAUGAGGCAGGUGGGCAUCUUAUGUGCUGCUGCACUUGUUGCACUGCGUGAAAAUGUUGGAAAGCUCGAAAGUGAUCACAAGAAAGCAAAGAUUUUGGCAGAGGGACUAAACAAGAUUAAAGGGCUAGCAGUGAAUGUUGCUUCUGUGGAGACUAAUAUUUUAUACUUUGAUAUCAACGAAGGCUCUAACAUGACAGUACAGAAGCUGUGCAAGAACCUGGAAGAACAUGGAAUACUCAUGAUGCCGGAGACCUCAACCAGAGUUAGACUGGUUGUUCACCACCAGAUCUCAGAAAACGAUGUUCAUUACGCGUUGUCAUGCUUUCAGCGCAUAAUGACUGGAGCCCCAAGCGAGAACGGGAUCUAAUAGAAGAAGCCGUUUCCUUUUACCGCCCUGUUCAGUUUGUGUAGAGGAAGCUAAAAUAAAAGCUCCUCACGUUGUAGUGGUCACUUUUAUCAAUCUCUGGAAGUUGUUCUACUUAGCUAAAUGCAGUUGGACUUCUCAUUUGGUGCUCUUCUGCCCAAUUGUUUUCUGUUCAGUCAGCUUGUAAAGUUAUAAUCUGCCAAAUUUAUAUGCUUAGUCUUGGAUUUGUCUCUGUUUCGGUCCUUGAUGCAAAAUGAGCUUAUUAUAAUCAGCUUCAAAAGGCUACUGUGAUUUGAACAA